CAGAGAGGAUGAAGCUGCGAUUACCCAUGAUUUGUCGACUGCGAAGCUCAAUAAAGUAAAAUCACACAACCGGAUCAAGUAGCGGGCGGCCAGAAUCUGAUAUGGCGGGCGUCGCGGACAAGGCUCGCUUCUACCUCGAGCAGGCCGUGCCUCAGCUCCGAGAGUUUGAGGAUAAGGAAAUCUUUAACAGGGACGAGAUCCGCAACCUGGUCCGCAAGCGCACCGACUUCGAGCACCGCGUCCUCUCGCCCGGCUCCCGCGCCGCCGACUUCCUCGCCUAUGCCGAGUGGGAGUCCCGCCUCGAGACGCUGCGGGCGCGGCGGUGCGCGCGCCUCGGCGUCCGCCAGCUGACCCACCAGCACGCCUCGCCGGCGCGCCUGAACCAGCUGCACGAGCGCGGCGUGACGCGCGACCCGGGCUCCGUCGCCCUCUGGCGUUCCUACCUCGCCCACCUGGCCCGCAUCGGGGCCGCCAAGCGGUGGAGGCGGGUGGCCACGCGCGCGCUGCGCUUGCACCCCCAGGACGCGUCGCUCUGGGCGCUGGCGGGGCGCAGGGCCGCUGGCGCCGGCGACAUGGAUGGCGCGCGGGCCUACUUCAUGCGCGGCUGCCGCUUCUGCCGCGGCGUCGACAUCUGGGCCGAAUAUGCCCGCGUCGAGAUGGAGUGGCUAGCGCGGGUCGAGGCGCGCGGCAAGGGCAGGAAGGGUAUCGCCGCCGUGCAGGCCGCGCAGGCGGUCGACGAGGGCGAUCAGAUCAAGCUGAAGGACGACGACGAGAGCGACGACGACGACGAUGACGACGACGAGGAUGUGAUCCCGGACCCGGACAGGCUCGCGUUCAAGGAGUUGGAGAAGAAGAAGCUGCGGCCAAGAAUCGUGGACGAGGAUGCGGUCGCGAAGCUGGAAAAGAGCCCAGCGCUGGGCGGCGCCAUACCACGGGCCAUCUUUGAUAUUUCGCGCAAGCAGAACUUUUUCGACGCAGCGGCCGCAGAGACCUUCUUCAGCGUCUUUGCGCGCCACGCGACCGAUGUCGAAUCGUGCUCGGACCUGCUCCAGCACGUUGUCGACACCAUGGUCGAGCUGUUCCCGGCGCACCCCGCGACGUGGGACUGCCGCGUCCGGCAGCCGCUCGUCGUCAUCGACGACCUGGCUGGGCCGGCGCUCCCGGGCGCGCUCAGGGAGGCCCUCGCGCGCCUCAAGGAGGGCCUAGCGGCGACGGAGAGGAAAGCGGAGCUCGCCGCGAGGACGGUGGCCUGGGUUCAGCCCAUGCUUUCGCGAGCCGACUUGGACGAGGGCAUCAGGACAGUCUUGGAGCAUACCAAAAAGAAGAUGGGAGAGACCUCAUAAUUAUAAUACAGAUCUCUCUUUUUAUGGCAGAUGUGUAAGGCGCGGCGCAUUCUAUCCUCAUGAACAUUGGUAGGAUUGCAAUAUCGCUGCAGUCGAGCACGAACUCGGGCUCACAUUAUUCAGUGUCCAGGUAUAUCUGACACCCGAUUACAGUACCCAAGGUCCUAUAUUUCUUGCCGUCAGAACAUCAGCUGUUCUCUCCUUCUUGUCCUCAAACGUUUUUGCUUUCAUGGGGUCCGAACGAGCUCGGGCGCAGUCCGCCAAAGUCGACUGCGAUCUUCUGCACCACCACCCCCGGCUCCAGCAACCACAGCGACAGCUCAUGGGCGCCCUUUCCAAGCCCGCCGGGGAUGGUCACGGUGCUUAUCCACCCGCCGCCCACGACGGCGGACCGCCACUCCGGGCCCUCGCGGUAGAUGGGCACGUCGGGCACGGGCUUGACCUCAGCUGGGGCGGCGUCGUCGAACGAGUAGGCGAACCGGAGCGGCCGCGUCGGGUCGUGGUUGUGCGACGCGCCCAGGUACACGACCAGCCGCGCCGCCGAGGCGCUCCCCCUGGUGGCGUACAGGGAGUACUUGAGCGCGGGCCCCGUCGCCGCCGUCUGGGACCCCGACGUGGCCGGCAUCGUCUUGACGCCCGAGAGCGUGCGCCCGUAGUGCGGGAUCUCGACGUACGACAGACCCCCUUUGCUCUCGGCCGACGCGAAGUGCGCCGCCUCCAUGGCCACCACGCCGUUGCUCUCCACGAAGCCGCUGAAGCCCGCGGGCACCGACGUCUUGACGACGGGCAGGAUCGCCGUGGCUACCACGGCGCCACUGCCGCGCACGCUGAGCGCGACGCUGGUCUCGCCCUCGGGCGCCGCGUCCCAGUCGACGCUGACGACGCUGCGGACGUCGGAGCCGUCGCCGGGCGCCGUGAUGGUGCCCUCGGCGUUGGUCACGGCCACGAAGCUCGCGUUGGAGGUGAUGGUGUACGGGAAGGUGCCGUUCUUGCGGGCAAAGAUCUCGAGCCACCUCACGUCGGCGGGUGGGAGGUUCGGGUCGACCGAGAGGAUGCGCGCGCUCGCACCGUCGUGCAGCGCCGUCGUCGACCCCUCGAAGGCGACUCCGAGGCUGCCUGCACCGGGAGCGUUUGCCGGGCCCGUGUAGCUCAUCUUGGGCAUGAUGUUUGCCGGGGGGUCGUUCCAGCUCGUGUAUCUGCGGUACCGAUGGUCAGUUCAUGCUUCAUUGAACUUUGCACUCCCUGUUUGUUUGUCUCGAAAGGAUGUCCUACCCAAUGUGAACUGUGAGGAAGCAGCCAGAAGAGGGUUAGCUUUGAUACGGCAACACGAUGUUACACCAAGGUUACAGCACAUACCCUGGUCGACAAAGUGAUUCCACUUCCCGCCGUUGUGCGAGUGGUACAUGUUGGUGAUCUCGGCGUCCCUGGUGAACAGCACCGCCGCCUGGGCUGCGAGGGUGUUGGCGCUGACGCGGCCCUGGCCGGCAGCGACCUUGUUGAGCCACGUCUUUGUGUACAGGUCCACGACGGUCUUGCCGGCCAUGACGGGGUGGAGGAUGAGCUGGAAGUAGGCGAUCUUGGUCGCGGCGUCGAGCGAGUCGUACGUCCUUUGCGUGAGCUCGAGCAGCGCCCCCCACCGCGCUAGGUUCCGCUCGGCCUCGUCGUAGUUUGUGGUGCUGAAGGGCUCGUCGCUGAGGAGCUCGUACUUGCGCCGCCCCAGCAGGACGCCGUACUCGUUGAGGAUGGCGGCCGUGGCGUCG